UGUGAUCUGAAAGGGCAGAAAUGAAGACAGCGCUGUGCUCGGCAGUCGCUGCUCUGUGUGCAGCCACCCUCCUCUCCUCCAUCGAGGCUGAAGAGAAACGCCUCUCCUUCCUUGCCCAGCUCCUUCUGUGUUCUGUUUCUCCCGGCUAGUGGGCCGGAGCGUAGCUCCCUCUCUCUGUCCCUCUGGUGUGCUGUCCGCACCACCCCACAGGCAGGACCUGGGCCAGCCGCUGUGGCCACCCGGGCGCAGGGCCCGAGGAGCCCUUUGCCGCUGGCGGGCAGCCCGGCGUGGCCGGGGCCAUGGCUCUGCCCCCAGGAUGGACCAAGAAGGGCUGGUCUCUGGCUUCGUUUAGUAAUGUUGAGAGAGGACACGGAAAACCUACUACUCAACAACCUGCAACUUUGAAAUAAAAUGCUCCAACAGAGUCUGGCUCUCUGCGCCUGUGUGUUGUGUCCGGCCGACCGCCUCGCCCCCGCCCCACCGGCCUGCCUGCCGGUGCAUCGGCCUCCCCUGCUCGGCGGGGCGACCCCCGGCUGAGCUUCGGGGAGGCCGGACCCUCCCUCAGGGACACUUCAGCUUCUGUGCUGGGUCUGACCCGGGGAACACGCCUGGGAGGUGCUGCCAGCGCUGUGACAUGUGUCAUGGGCACUGCUGAAGGGAAGGCUGGGCCAGGCCUUGCUGUGGCAGCCGGGGCUCCAAGGCUCUGGCAUGCAGGUGGUACCGUCACCUCCAAAAAGGCUUUCCUUUUUCUUCUCCUCCUCAGCCCUCAGCGCAGUCUCUCUGGGGGCUGAGGCCCCUGUGAGCCCUGGCAGCAUCUUGCCUCCAGCUGAAGACCUGGGGAGACCCAUCUUCACUGCCACACUUGGCGCAGUGUGGCUCAACAUGGCCUGGCCAGGCCUUUGCUCCCCAAUGGAUUAACAGCAACAGUGUCCUGUACCUUCAGUGUGAGCUGCUUGGCUCUUUGGUCAUAGUCGUGGCGCUUCUGCCAGCUGUGGCUUCCAGGGGAAAUAAAAAGGCUGAACGUCCUGCACUGAAAUGACUUGAUCUGACCUCUGGGAACUGACUCCAUCAUAGGUGUGAACUCUCCUGGAUUUACUGGAAAAAGCCAGAAGCCAGCAACUGAUAAUUAUUAUUUAUUUUUUUUUGCAUUCCUUUCUGUCUUGAACUGAAAAAAAUUCCCUCAUCAUGGCCUGCCACAAGCUCCCUUGUCUGGACCUGGUCACCUUGGCUGAUCUCUUCUAAAAGCAUGGGGUGUCAGAGAUGCCUCUGCGGUGUUUGGCCCCCAGGCAGUAGUAAUAGUGCUCGCCUGGGGCUUGCAGAUGUAAAAUACACUGGCUUUCUGGAAAAAGAUGGCAUUUUUGCCAGUAGUGCAACAUCUGGUCACCCUAGGAGAGAAUCAGUCCACUGCCUUCCUCUUGUGCUGUGUUGCUGUUGGCAAAGGAACCGAAAAAGGUCAUUUGAAGUCAUUUCAGAGCUGCAUUUGAAACGCAGAACUGCUGUGCCAGAGAAAGCAGAGAAAGUGUACAUUUUUGAUGGAGGAAGGGAGUGGAUGUGUUUGUGCAUUCUUCCCCAUCUUAGAAGGGAUCUCACUCAGAGCUGGACUAAUAUUGCUGUUGUCCUGCGCUGCGAUUUGCAUGUGUGGAGUAUGUUAUUUCGGAACGUAAGCAAAGGUGUUUUAUUUAGCUAUAGUGUAGACUAAACCAGCCAUAGCUUCAGCACUGGUAAAGCAAGCUACAAAAAUGUAUUUGGAGCAACAGAGUUAUAACAGCAAAUCUUGACACAUAGCUGGAUGACCUUGAUUAGAUGUUGGAGGAUGCACUAUUGCCAAGGAAAAGAGUGGAUAAAACCUGAUCUUGAGAGUUGCAGAGGGCUCUUGGACAGAACUUACAUUACUUUGCACUCAAAAAUGUUUGAUAAAUAAAAUACCUAAUUUACAGUGAUCUUCUUUCUAUGAGAAAAUUCUCCUAGCUCCAGAGUUUUGAAGUAAGAGCAGGGAAGUGUGGGGUGAAAAAAUGUGGUGCUGAAAACGGAGUGAGAAAUAGUGGUGCUGAAAAUGAAAGUUCAAAACUAGGACUGCCUUAGAACUUGCUGUGGUGGGAAUUGCUUUUGUAGAGAUUUUUACAGUGGACUUUUGUUUGCACUAUACUGAUCAUUCUUCUGCACUGUUUUAAUUUUGUGCUGCAAGAUUGCAUAAUUUUUUAAAUUGCAUCUUAUUUACUUUAGCAAGUUAUUUCCUUACUUACGUAUUUACUUUAUUUUGGUGUAAUUGCAUCUUAGAUCCUGUUUGCUGAACUGACUUUCUCCUGUGAACAUUUGUCCCUUGGUCUUAUUUUUCCAAAUUUCAGAUCACUUUGUGGCAAAGCUAUCCUCCCCCACUAGUCAGUCCUGUGUCUCUUUUCUUGGUUCUUUUUGACUCUCCACAUACCAUUCACAGGAUAUGCAUUUUAAAAUUUCUUUCCCAAAGGUGUGGGCAGACACUUGAUAGGAUGAAAAGGUGAGAGGAGAAUAAGAGAGAGAGCCAUUUAAUGUGAUGAAAAUUCUUGAUAUGACGUGGAAAGAUGGGGUGAGAGCAGAGGAAAGAAAAAGCUUAGUUUUAUUUUCUGCCCUCCUUCAGCUUUCGUUUUUCAGUCUCCCCUGGGAGGAGAUCUGGUGUUUAUCUGAUGCUGCUGUCCAUAGAUUCCUGAACUUUCCAGUAUGAAACUAGCUCUUCAUCAGCAUCACAGCUGCUCUGAAGUCCUUUGUGAGAGCUGUGCUCUGCUGCUCUUGGCAAUGAGCAGUGAGCUGCAAUAAUGGCUCUAGAGCUUUUCUACAGAGGUACAGCAGAACAGGAGUUUCUAGUUGGGCAGUCACUGUAGGAGUAGAGGGGGGAAAGCCCACAUAUAGUCUAAAUGCACUCAUGCCCUUUCACUGGGGAAGUUGUUUGUUUAUGGUGGUCAAGGAAGCAAAUCUGUUUUCAUGCUCAGCAUUUUUGCUUUUUUUUUUUACAGUGAAAUUCUUCUUGUUUUAUUUUGCAAUCCUUCUGAUAUCUCUCUCCCAGCUUAAACUCCCCGUAUGUGAUUCUAUAUUUUAUACUUAGACAUAAAGUUGUUUAUACUUAAAGUUUUGUGCCUUUUUAGUCCAGCACAGCAAUACUCCAGUGCAUUCCAUGUCUGUCCACAUGUCAGAUUUUUUUUCUGUUACAGUAUUUUUUUCAUCUGUGAUCACAAAGAGCCAAAGGCUCUUAUUCUAGUCAUAGUUAAGUACAUUGGCAUGUGAAGAAUCUAUUAAUUAUAACCUCCAGUUACUGCUGUGAUGUUUUCAUGGCUUCUGUAGCAUAUCAUGUUUCUUAACACAGAGGGAUUUUCAAAGGCACAGGAAAGAAAUGAGGAAAUCAUUGGUUUUGUGUAGCCUAACUGAGCUUCUGAAGGGGCUGACUUUUCAGUUUUUCAGGAAUUGGUUUUCUAAGCUGGAGGUAGGGAAGGAGGGCAUCACUAAUCCAGGUGUGGAACCUUUGUAUUUUGCAUAAAAAGGUUUGUCUGGUGAAAAAUCUGUUACCAGGACACCAGUGUAAUAAGUGACAAAUAAUUGCAGCAUAGCAGUUACAAAGGAUUAGAAUUUUUGGCUUGUAAUGAAUCUGCAUUGAGUACAUUAAUUUUCAUUGACUGAAUAAUUCAGAGGUGAUCUGAGAUAGUUGAAACUUUUGAAGUUUUGAAACUCAUUGGUAGAACCAUUAUUUUAUUAUCUUUUGAUGGCAAUAUCUUUUGAGAAAGAAGCUGCUGAUUUCCAAGUUCCUAAAUAGAGAGCCAUGUAGAUUGACAUGUGAAAUUGAAAUUUCUGUAUACGUGAGGGUGACUUUACUUUUUCCUGCUGCUAAUUAGAAGCAAAAUAUGCAUGCAUGUGUAAGUGUAUAUACACAUGCAUAUACAUAUAUGUGCACACAAGUGUAAAAUUUGGUAAAUAUUAAUAUAUACAAUGUGUGUAUAUAUAUAGGUUAGGUCGAGAUAUGUAUGUCUUUAUUUGUAUAGGUAUAUAGUUUUAAAGGAAAUUUUUAAAGUGCAUUUAUGAGCUUUGCAUCUUCAAAUUUGAAGAAGUUUCAUAAACAUAUAUAAAAUUAAAAAAUGCAAAGACACAGCUGGCAAAAUUUCUGUGUUGUGAUUUGCAAUGAAUACCUAACAAGUCUGAGAACUGCUCUUUUUAGAAGUUGCCCUUUACUACAUUUCUAGGCUGUAGGUCAUUCCAGUCACAUUGACAAAGCAGGCUUCAGAGGAGCUUAACUGGGCUCAUGAUCUAGUUAGUUGUACCAAAUUCAUGCCACUUCUGAAAAAAAUAGUAAAUGAAGAGUUCUGCCACCUUCCAGCCUGAGGCCUUAUCACUGGGAUGGUAAGGCUGAGCUUACUCUUCAGCUUCUGUAGAUUGUAUGAUAUUUUAACAUGGGCUGGCACAUUAUUUUACAUGCUAAUUAUAGUGUGUCUUUUCUAGUGAUGGAAUCACAAAAUAUUUUUCACAUAGGGAUUGUGGAUGGCAACUACUUCCAACUUAUAUCACUUCUAAAUCUGGUUCUAGAUAUAAAUUACUUGAUAUUGCAGUUACAUUUUAUUUCUAUCCUGUUAAGGUAUUCGCUGGGAUCCUCUAGCAGUCACAUUGUGUUAUCUGAAAAAAGCUGUAAUUUUUUUAUAUUUCCUGUGAAAUGAUACAAGCUAAUAUAAGACAUGCAAGACCUGCAUAGCAUGAGAAAGAUGCUUUGCCCUCUUUUUUUUUUGUUUCUGAAAUUAUAACCUUAUUACAUGUGUAUAUAACACAAAAAACUGGCAAUGUUUUCAGUACAUUCUGUCUGAUUUUUUUCUUUUGUUUUUCUUUUGUGGUGCAUAAUAUAGAAGAUCCUGUUAAGGAAGUGAUCAUAACACAGUUCCAAGAGUGGUCAAAAUUAAUGCUGUGGAAGCAUGAUUGUUGUACAGCAGGAUAUGUUUUUGCUACUCUGGAAACCUAUAGGGGAGCCAUGCAUUUCUGUGCAUCCAGGAUUGGAUCAUAGUAUGAAGGCAAUACUACAACACCAUGACACAUUAUGAUCAUGACCCUGUAGCUUGACAAGUCAGUGGGAGGUUUGGCAUGGAUGUUGAUGGACACAGGAUCAGCAGUGUCACUACACUAAGAAUAAGUGCAACUUCACUGCUGCAAGUAGCCUGACAUCAAGACUGCUUGCUGGAGUUAAGCUGCACUCACACAUAAGAUUCUGUUGAGUGAAAUUUUAAGGUUUGUCCCUGUAAAGGGGCAAACUCCUACUACAACAAGGGGCAUUUCUUUGCUAGACUCUGGUUUGAUUCAGUAUUGCAAAUGUAUUAUUUUUCCACUGGUGAAUUCCCUUCUAGAAGAAGAAUUUUAAUGAGAUGGAGUAACAGUUGCCCUGUUUUAUUAUCACAAUACGGUUUUUAUCAUCUAAACAUUUUUCUGUACUUCAGAUCAGCUUACUACUCUCAGUCAUAUGACCAUGGUUUGGUCAUCACCCCACAGCUGGUUUCACUUGGGUGAAAUCUGACCCCUGUGAAGGUCCAUGGAUGUUUUGGAGAUUCUGUUUGAGUAUCAAAAGCUCACAGGCCAUCUGGAAGACAUUUUGAUGACAUUGGAUCCAAAGAGCUUUUUUUUUUUUCACUCAAGAAAGAUUCCUUUUUGGAUUUCUAUGAGAGAAGUAUUCCGUGGUUGAGUUUGAUAAGCCAGCCAUAGGCUGAGAAUGAAUGGAUUUAAGUACAGCAAUGAAGGUGGGGAUUAGGUGUCAGAAAUAACUAUGAUGAUAAAGGCAGUGAGGUUUUGGAGCGAUUUCUGUGGGAAGCUGUCAGUCUUGACAAUAGUGGAGGUCUUUAAGAAUGAUCCGAGGAAAACAUGUCGGGAAUGACAGAGGGUGGCCAAUCUUGUCUUGACCAUGGGAUGGACAAGGGGACCUUCAAGUUCCCCUGCAAUGCCAUUGUUUAUGAUCACCUGGAUGAAUGGAUGCAUCACUCAUGUGUCAAUGUACUAUUCUUGUUACCUGCCAAGACCCACAUUUGAAUUUUCAUAAAAAGGAAAACCAUUCUUUAAAAUGCUCAAGACUUUUCCUCACAGUCAGCUUUUUCAGUUUAUCUGGAAUCCGGUCAUUUGGAUAUCAACAAGCUGGGCUGCUGCUGUCCUUCAGCAGUUAAAGCCUAAAGUCUCUGCUGCAACAUGCCAAUUUACUUGCAAGUUAAUCCACCAUCAGACUUGAAUUUUACAAUUAUAGAUGAACAUAAUGUUCAAAUGUCAUGGAAAAGGCCACCAGAUGCAAUAGUGGGUUACAGAAUAACUGUGGUUCCAACAAAUGAUGGACCUACUAAAGAAUUUACUCUUUCACCUAGCACUACCCAAACUGUCAUAUCAGAUCUUACACCUGAUGUAGAGUAUAUUGUAUCAAUAGCUUCAUAUGACGACAGAGAGGAGAGUCUGCCUGUUUUUGGCCAGCUGACAAUUCAGACAGGCGGCCCAGGGAUACCAGAGGAAAAGAAGGUUGAGGCUCAAUUACAAAGAUGCUCCAUAAGUGCAAUGACAGAUUUAGUUUUCCUGGUAGAUGGUUCAUGGAGUGUAGGAAGAAAUAACUUCGGAUAUAUUCUGGACUUCAUGGUUGCCCUUGUAUCAGCUUUUGACAUUGGGGAAGAAAAGACGAGAGUUGGAGUUGUUCAGUAUAGUUCAGAUACAAGAACAGAGUUCAAUUUAAAUCAGUAUUUCAGAAGAAGUGAUCUUAUUGAUGCAAUUAAAAGGAUACCUUACAAAGGUGGCAACACAAUGACAGGUGAGGCUAUUGAUUACCUUGUUCAAAACACCUUCACUGAGUCUGCUGGAGCAAGAAAAGGCUUUCCCAAAGUAGCCAUUGUCAUUACUGAUGGAAAAGCUCAAGAUGAUGUAGAAAUUCCUGCAAGAGAGCUUCGCAACAUAGGAGUUGAAGUUUUUUCCUUGGGUAUCAAAGCAGCAGAUGCAAAGGAACUCAAACUAAUUGCAUCUCAGCCGUCACUGAAGCAUGUGUUCAAUGUGGCCAAUUUUGAUGGAAUUGUGGAUAUACAGAACGAAAUUAUCUUGCAAGUGUGCUCCGGUGUUGAUGAACAACUAGGUGAACUGGUUAGUGGGGAAGAAGUGGUGGAGCCUCCUUCAAAUCUGGUGGCAACUCAAGUCUCCUCAAAGUCUGUUAGAAUCACUUGGGAUCCAUCCACAAGCCAAAUAACUGGCUAUCGUCUGCAGUUCAUUCCAAUGAUAGCUGGGGGAAAACAGCAUGUACUGAGUGUGGGUCCUCAGACAACUGCUCUGAAUGUUAAAGAUCUCUCUCCAGACACAGAGUAUCAAAUUAAUGUUUAUGCAAUGAAAGGACUGACCCCCAGUGAGCCAAUAACGAUAAUGGAAAAAACACAACAAAUAAAAGUUCAAGUGGAAUGCUCACGUGGUGUGGAUGUAAAAGCUGAUGUUGUGUUUUUAGUGGAUGGUUCCUACAGCAUUGGUAUUGCCAAUUUUGUCAAAGUAAGAGCCUUUUUGGAAGUGUUGGUUAAAAGCUUUGAGAUAUCACCUCGAAAAGUACAGAUAAGUCUUGUCCAGUACAGCAGAGAUCCCCAUAUGGAGUUUUCUUUGAACAGAUACAACAGAGUGGAAGACAUAAUUCAGGCUAUUAACACCUUCCCCUACAGAGGUGGAUCUACCAACACAGGCAAAGCAAUGACAUACGUGAGGGAGAAGGUAUUUGUUACCAGCAAAGGAUCAAGACCAAAUGUGCCGAGAGUAAUGAUUCUUAUCACUGAUGGAAAAUCAUCAGAUGCUUUUAAAGAACCUGCAAUUAAGCUGAGGGAUGCAGAUGUAGAAAUAUUUGCAGUUGGUGUGAAGGAUGCAGUGCGCACAGAGUUGGAAGCUAUCGCAUCACCUCCUGCGGACACCCAUGUUUACACAGUGGAAGAUUUUGAUGCUUUUCAAAGAAUAUCAUUUGAACUUACACAGUCUGUCUGUCUACGAAUUGAGCAGGAGCUGGCUGCUAUAAGGAGAAAAUCUUACGUACCUGCAAAGAACAUGGUCUUUUCUGACAUAACAUCAGAGAGUUUCAAAGUGAGCUGGUCUCCAGCUGGACCUGAGGUUUUGUCCUAUCUCAUUAAAUAUAAAGUAGCAGUUGGUGGAGAUGAAUUCAUUGUUUCUGUACCAGCUUCAAGUACCAGCUCAGUUCUCACCAACUUACUACCUGAAACAACCUAUGCAGUCAGCGUGAUUUCUGAAUAUGAAGAUGGUGAUGGCCCUCCCUUGGAUGGAGAGGAGACCACCUUAGAAGUUAAAGGUGCUCCUCGAAACUUAAGGAUUACAGAUGAAACUACUGAUAGCUUUGUAGUUGGCUGGACUCCAGCACCAGGAAAUGUCCUGAGGUACAGGCUUGUUUAUAGACCACUUACUGGAGGAGAAAGGAGGCAAGUGACUGUAUCAGCAAAUGAUAGGUCAACUACUCUGCAGAAUUUGAUCCAAGAUACAAGAUAUGAAGUUUCUGUUGUUCCUGAGUAUCAGUCUGGGCCUGGGAAUUCAUUGAAUGGAUAUGCAAAAACUGAUGAAGUCCGAGGAAAUCCAAGGAAUUUGAGAGUUUCUGAUGCUACAACAUCAACAAUGAAGCUGUCUUGGGGUGCUGCUCCUGGCAAAGUGCAGCAGUACUUUAUAACAUACACUCCAGUCGCAGGAGGUGAAACCAAGGAAGUGACUGUGAAAGGUGACACCACCUCUAAGGUGCUGAAAGGCUUGGACCAAGCCACUAGGUAUGCACUGACUGUGUCUGCCUUGUAUGCCUCUGGAGCCGGAGAUGCCCUUUCUGGAGAGGGAGAAACACUUGAAGAACGUGGUUCACCACGUAAUUUAGUUACCACAGACAUAACUGACACUACAGUUGGGUUAUCAUGGACACCAGCUCCAGGAACAGUUAAUCAUUACAGGAUAGUAUGGAAAUCACAUUAUGAUGAUACCGUGGGAGAGAAGAGAGUCCCAGGAAAUACAGUGGAUGCUGUAAUAGAAGGCUUGGAGCCAGAGACUAAAUACAGGAUUUCAGUAUAUGCAGCCUACAGCAGUGGAGAAGGAGACCCAGUAGAAGGAGAGGCUUUUACUGAUGUGUCACCAAAUGCCAGGACUCUGACAGUAGACAACGAGACGGAAAAUACAAUGAGAGUUAAGUGGCAGCCUGCGCCUGGGAAAGUCUUGUCUUACCGUGUGAACUACAGAGCACGCAGCGGAGGCAGGCAAAUGUCUGGGAGAGUAAAUGCCCCCGCCACCAGCAUCGUGCUCAAGCGACUUAAGCCCCGCACCACGUACGACAUAACUGUUGUUCCAAUUUAUGAUUUUGGACACGGGAAAUCAAGAAAAGGAGAAGGAACAACAGCCUCUCCCUUUAAGCCACCUCGAAAUCUGAGAACUUCAGAUUCAACUAUGUCAAGUUUCAGAGUAACCUGGGAGCCAGCCCCAGGGAGAGUGAAGGGGUACAAAGUAACUUUCCACCCCACUGAAGAUGAUGGGAGCCUUGGAGAAUUAAUAGUGGGGCCCUAUGACAGCACAGUGGUAUUGGAGGAGCUUAGGGCAGGAACUACUUAUAAGGUAAAUGUUUUUGGGAUGUUUGAAGGAGGAGAGAGCAACCCUCUGGUUGGACAAGAGAUGACCACCCUUUCAGAUACUACUACGGAGCCAUUUUUAUCUAGAGGUUUAGAAUGUAGAACCAGAGCAGAAGCUGAUAUUGUGCUGCUGGUGGAUGGCUCAUGGAGUAUCGGGAGGCCAAAUUUUAAAACCAUCAGGAACUUCAUUGCCCGUAUUGUUGAAGUUUUUGAUAUUGGUCCUGACAAAGUGCAGAUUGGUCUUGCACAGUAUAGUGGUGAUCCCAGGACAGAAUGGAAUCUCAAUGCUUACCGAACCAAACAGUCUUUGUUAGAGGCUGUAGCCAACUUACCAUAUAAAGGAGGCAAUACUCUAACAGGAAUGGCCUUGGAUUUCAUCCUAAAAAACAACUUCAAGCCAGUUGCUGGCUUAAGGCCAAGAGCUCGCAAAAUUGGUGUUCUCAUCACUGAUGGCAAAUCACAAGAUGAUGUAGUUGCCCCUUCAAGAAAACUCAGAGAUGAGGGAGUGGAACUGUAUGCAAUUGGUAUUAAAAAUGCAGAUGAAAAUGAAUUGAAGCAAAUUGCAACAGAUCCAGAUGACAUCCAUGCCUACAAUGUUGCAGACUUCUCCUUCCUGGCUACCAUUGUUGAUAAUGUAACCACGAAUCUGUGUAACAGUGUGAAAGGUCCAGGUGAUUUGCCACCUCCUUCAAAUUUAGUUAUUUCAGAAGUGACACCUCGUUCUUUCAGACUGAGAUGGAGCCCACCUCCUGAGAGUGUUGAUAGAUACAGAGUUGAAUAUUAUCCUACCUCUGGAGGUAGCCCUAAACAGUUUUAUGUAAGUAGGAUGGAAAGAACAACAGUUCUGAAAGAUCUGCAACCUGAAACAGAAUAUGUGGUUAACGUGUUUUCUGUGGUAGAAGAUGAAAGCAGUGAACCUCUGAUCGGCAGGGAAACAACUUUACCAAUCUCCUCAGUUAGAAACCUGAAUGUCUAUGACAUUGGAUCAACUUACAUGCGAGUGAGAUGGGAACCUCUCAAUGGGGCUACUGGCUAUUUGUUAACAUAUGAACCUGUGAAUGCCACAGUCCCAGCCACAGAGAAAGAGAUGCGUGUGGGACCGUCAGUGAACGAGGUGCAGCUGGUAGAUCUCAUCCCCAACACCGAGUACACUUUAACAGCUUACGUAUUGUUUGGUGAUAUGCAGAGUGACCCACUCACCACACAGGAAGUGACAUUACCUUUGCCUGGACCCAGAGGUUUAAAAAUUCAGGAUGUUACUCACAGCACCAUGAAUGUUGUUUGGGAUGCUGCCCCAGGAAAAGUUCGAAAAUACAUCCUAAGAUAUAAAAUAGCUGAUGAUGCUGAUGUAAAGGAGGUGGAGCUUGACAGACUCAAAACAAGCAUUACUCUCUCUGACCUUUCCUCCCAAUCGCUGUACAAUGUAAAAGUUGUUGCUGUAUAUGAUGAAGGGGAAUCCAUACCAACAACUGCAGAAGCUGUCACUCAGCCUGUGCCAGCACCAGUCAAUCUCAGAAUCACAGAUAUAACCACGAAUAGUUUCAGAGGUACUUGGGAUCAUGGAGCUCCAGAUGUCUCUCUGUAUAGAAUAACUUGGGGGCCCUAUGGAAGAGGAGAAAAACAGGAGACUAUCUUAAAUGGGGAAGAGAAUAGUUUGGUCUUUGAAAAUUUGAAUCCAGACACAUUAUAUGAUGUCUCAGUUACUGCCAUUUAUCCUGAUGAAUCAGAAAGUGAUGAGCUCAUUGGCAGUGAAAGAACAUUACCCUUGGUACCUAUCACUACACAAGCCCCAAAGAGUGGCCCACGAAACCUUCAGGUCUACAAUGCAACUUCACACAGCUUGACUGUCAAAUGGGAUCCUGCCAGUGGUCGAGUGCAGAGAUACAGGAUCAUUUACCAGCCUAUCAGUGGGGAUGGCCCUGAACAGUCGACUACUGUUGGGGGACGACAGAACAGUGUGGUGAUACAGAAGCUGCAGCCUGACACACCAUAUGCUAUUACUGUGUCAUCAAUGUACGCAGAUGGUGAGGGGGGGAGAAUGACAGGACGAGGCAGAACCAAACCUCUCACUACUGUGAAGAACUUGCUAGUUUAUGACCCAACCACCAGUACUCUGAAUGUUCGAUGGGAUCAUGCAGAAGGAAGUCCUCGCCAGUACAAAGUGUUUUAUGGACCUACAGCUGGAGGUGCAGAGGAAAUGACCACAGUACCAGGAAAUACAAACUAUGUCAUCCUGAGGACUCUUGAACCCAACACACCUUACACUGUAACUGUGGUUCCAGUUUUCCAAGAGGGGGAUGGUGGACGUACCUCUGACACCGGACGCACCUUGGAGCGAGGAACACCAAGAAACAUUCACGUUUACAAUCCCACACCAAACAGCAUGAAUGUCCGUUGGGAACCUGCUCCAGGUCCAGUACAGCAAUAUAGAAUUAAUUAUGCUCCACUCUCUGGCCCAAGGCCAUCAGAAUCUAUUGUGGUGCCAGGCAAUACUCGUGAUGUGAUUCUGGAACGCUUGACUCCUGACACUGCUUACUCAAUAAAUGUUAUAGCUCUGUAUGCGGAUGGAGAGGGAAAUCCAAGCCAAGCACAGGGAAGAACAUUGCCUCGCAGUGGUCCAAGGAAUGUGAGAGUAUUUGAUGAGACCACAAACAGCCUUUCUGUGCAAUGGGACCAUGCUGAUGGGCCAGUCCAGCAGUACAGAAUCAUUUAUUCACCCACUGUGGGAGACCCUAUUGAUGAAUACACAACAGUUCCUGGCAUAAGGAAUAAUGUGAUACUACAACCACUACAAUCAGAUACGCCAUAUAAAAUUACUGUUGUUGCUGUGUAUGAAGAUGGAGAUGGUGGUCAACUGACUGGAAAUGGCAGAACUGUUGGCCUGCUUCCUCCUCAAAAUAUGUAUAUAACUGAUGAAUGGUAUACACGCUUCAGAGUUUCCUGGGAUCCUUCACCAUCCCCUGUUCUUGGCUAUAAAAUUGUAUACAAGCCUGUGGGUUCAAAUGAGCCCAGGGAGUUUUUUGUGGGAGAAGUGACUUCCUACACUUUGCAUAACCUGUCUCCCAGUACUACUUAUGAUGUGAAUGUUUAUGCCCAGUAUGAUUCUGGAAUGAGCAUACCUUUGACAGAUCAAGGCACUACGUUAUAUUUGAAUGUCACUGACCUAACAACUUACAAAGUGGGUUGGGAUACUCUCUGUAUCCGGUGGUCACCUCAUCGGUCGGCAACUUCCUACAGACUGAAGCUAAACCCAACUGAUGGUUCCAGAGGACAGGAAAUCACAAUUCGUGGGUCAGAAACAAGCCACUGUUUUACUGGCCUCUCACCAGACACAGAAUACAAUGCUACUGUCUUUGUUCAGACCCCUAACCUUGAGGGACCUCCAGUCUCUAUGAGGGAGCAUACAGUCCUCAAACCUACAGAGGCACCGACUCCACCACCUACACCUCCUCCACCUCCCACAAUCCCUCCAGCUCGGGAUGUAUGCAGAGGUGCCAAAGCAGACAUAGUAUUCUUGACUGAUGCUUCCUGGAGUAUUGGUGAUGAUAAUUUCAACAAAGUAGUGAAAUUUGUUUUUAGUACAGUAGGAGCCUUUGAUUUAAUCAAUCCUGCUGGAAUCCAGGUUUCAUUUGUGCAGUACAGUGACGAGGCAAAAUCUGAAUUUAAACUGAAUACAUUUGAUGACAAAGCCCAGGCCCUGGGUGCUCUUCAAAACAUUCAGUACAGAGGAGGAAACACUAGGACAGGCAAAGCCCUAACAUUUAUCAAAGAAAAGGUUUUGACUUGGGAGAGUGGCAUGAGGCGAGGCGUUCCCAAGGUACUUGUUGUUGUCACUGAUGGUCGGUCUCAGGAUGAGGUGAGGAAAGCAGCAACAGUCAUACAGCACUCUGGCUUCAGUGUCUUUGUGGUUGGUGUGGCUGAUGUGGAUUACAACGAACUGGCCAAGAUUGCCAGCAAACCCAGUGAACGCCAUGUAUUUAUUGUUGAUGACUUUGAUGCCUUUGAGAAGAUUCAAGAUAACCUUGUCACCUUUGUGUGUGAGACAGCUACCUCAACUUGUCCCCUUAUUUACUUGGACGGAUACACUUCACCUGGUUUCAAGAUGCUGGAAUCAUACAAUCUAACAGAGAAGCAUUUUGCUUCUGUACAAGGAGUUUCACUGGAAUCAGGCUCUUUCCCAAGCUAUGUAGCAUAUAAACUCCACAAAAAUGCCUUUGUUAGCCAGCCAAUACGGGAGAUUCACCCGGAGGGGCUGCCGCAGGCGUACACGAUCAUUCUCUUGUUCCGCCUUCUGCCUGAAUCCCCCAACGAGCCUUUUGCAAUCUGGCAGAUUACAGACAGAGAUUACAAACCACAAGUUGGAGUUGUGCUUGAUCCUGCCAGCAAAGUGCUGUCAUUCUUUAACAAGGAUGUAAGAGGAGAGGUUCAAACCGUAACUUUUGAUAAUGAUGUUGUAAAGAAAAUCUUUUAUGGAAGCUUCCAUAAGGUCCAUAUUGUUGUUACUUCAUCAAAUGUUAAGAUUUACAUUGACUGCAGUGAAAUAAUGGAAAAACCAAUUAAGGAAGCUGGCAAUAUCACAACUGAUGGCUAUGAAAUACUUGGGAAACUUCUAAAAGGCGACCGAAGAUCAGCAACAUUAGAAAUCCAGAAUUUUGACAUUGUAUGCAGUCCAGUUUGGACUAGCAGAGACAGAUGCUGUGAUCUCCCUUCUAUGAGAGAUGAAGCAAAGUGCCCAGCUCUUCCAAAUGCUUGUACCUGUACUCAAGACAGUGUGGGACCUCCAGGACCUCCUGGACCAGCUGGUGGCCCAGGCGCUAAAGGUCCCAGAGGUGAAAGGGGUUUGACUGGAUCAUCUGGGCCUCCUGGUCCUCGUGGUGAGACAGGUCCUCCAGGCCCUCAAGGUCCCCCAGGUCCACAGGGUCCCAACGGGCUGUCAAUCCCAGGUGAACCGGGUCGUCAAGGAAUGAAAGGGGAUGCUGGCCAGCCUGGACUCCCAGGGCGAUCGGGAACACCAGGUUUACCUGGUCCACCUGGACCAGUGGGACCUCCAGGAGAAAGGGGUUUCACAGGAAAAGAUGGUCCCACAGGUCCCAGAGGCCCACCAGGACCAGCGGGUGCUCCCGGAGUUCCAGGAGUUGCUGGCCCAAGUGGAAAACCAGGGAAACCAGGAGAUCGUGGGACACCAGGUGCACCUGGAAUGAAGGGAGAAAAAGGUGACAGAGGUGAUAUUGCUUCUCAGAACAUGAUGCGAGCAGUUGCAAGACAAGUUUGUGAACAACUUAUAAAUGGUCAAAUGAGCCGGUUCAAUCAAAUGCUGAAUCAAAUCCCGAAUGAUUAUUAUUCAAACCGAAACCAGCCAGGGCCACCAGGUCCACCUGGUCCCCCAGGAGCUGCUGGGACAAGAGGAGAACCUGGACCUGGAGGAAGACCAGGAUUCCCAGGACCUCCUGGGGUUCAAGGACCACCUGGUGAAAGAGGAAUCCCUGGAGAGAAAGGUGAAAGAGGGACUGGAUCCCAAGGACCACGAGGUUUGCCAGGACCACCUGGUCCACAAGGAGAAUCUAGAACUGGUCCACCAGGCUCCACAGGAUCACGAGGACCACCAGGGCCCCCAGGCCGUCCUGGAAAUGCGGGCAUUCGGGGUCCCCCAGGGCCACCAGGAUAUUGUGAUUCAUCCCAGUGUGCUAGCAUCCCUUACAAUGGCCAAGGAUUCCCAGAACAAGGUUUCGGCUAACACAUUUUCUAAGUCGCCAGUGCUGCUUACAGUUUGAAUACAUGAAAAUCCUGUUUCUGAGAUGUUUGCGCACGUGCUUAUUAGAAAAUGAGUCCGUAUGGAUAUUUCACCACGGAUAUGGUUCUUGAACCAUGUUGACCUCAUAGAACGGGGAGAUACUUUUACUAACACAACUCAUGAAUGAGAUAAAGGACAGUUACAUCAAUUCAUUAAGCCCAUUGCAUUUCAAUAAUAAAAUAGACAGUCUUUCUUUUUUAAAAAAGACCUAGACCACCAAAAACCUCAGUGGCGAAGGAGGCUUGUAAAACUACUAACCAGCGAAGGUAAUGCCAUUAGAAGAGAGACAGAUUUAACCUGGAAAAUGAGAAAUAGCUUAUGUAAAUAGUAAACUAAUUGUGGCUUGUAGAUGAUUUGUAUGGGACUGUAUCCACUAAAAUCUGUUAACAACUCUAUGUGAUACUUUUGCAUAAAAGCCUGCUGCUGCUUGCUGUAUGCCAGAAUAACAUCUUUGACAACUUAUGAAACCUACCUGUCUGUUGCUUGUUACCAACAUGUCUGAAUUGGGGCAUAUACCUUUUUUUAUGUGUAAUCUUGUUGGAUCUGUAACUGCAGUUAUAAAUACCAAAGUUUUAUAAUAAUUUUUCUUCUGUUUUGCUGUAGUUUUUGGUGUUCCUGAAGCACCAGCUGUAACUCGGUUUGUUACGAGGAACAGCACGACAAAAUGACAUGUACUGUAUAUUGCCGCUGGUGAUAGUUAUGUCUACACUUACUUUCCCAUUCUCACAGAAAAUUAGCAUACACCAAACCCAUCUCUUCACCUUACCUGCUCCAUGUCUUCUAUUAAUUAUGCAGUUUAAAAUAAAGCCCAAUGCUUAGAUUUACUGAAGUAGCUGUAAAAUAGUAAUUUUAUUUGAUUUUCUUGGUUUUGUUUGUUUUUUUUAAAUAGCUUUACCAUGAUUUGUCCCUUGCCUAAUUUAUGACUCUUUCUGCACUGUUUUGUGUAUUAUAAAUACAAAGCCUUUCAAGAUGAAUUUAAAGCCUUUUAUUAUUUUACUGCCAAAAAAGCAUUCAUGAGCAAAACUGAGAAAUACCCCCAGUGAACUAAUUAUUUAUAUAUUUAUUAUAUGAAAAUAAGGUUGAACUAACAUUAUGUAGCCAGACUAACGUUCAUUGCAUAUGUGGAUUCAAAGACAUGCGAUAACUAUUAUGUUCAAUCGGACAACUAUUUUCAACCAGAACCAUACGUGCCUGAAAGUGGACCCUAUCAGCCUGAAGGUGAACCCUUUAUAGUACCUAUGGAGUCAGAAAGGAGAGAGGACGAGUAUGAGGACUAUGGAGUUGAAAUGCAUUCACCAGAAUACCCUGAGCACAUGCGCUGGAAAAGAUCACUAUCAAGAAAUGCAAAAACAAAUCCGUAAAAGAUCUGUGUGUCUUGAUUUGGGUUUUUUUGGUUGGUGGGGUUUUUUUGUUUUUUCUUUUGCUGUGCUUGCAUUUGCAGAUACACACAGGGAGAGUGCAUCAAUCCUUUUGCAAUGUGGCUUUCUGGCCUUUUCAUGUCAGACGCACCCCUGUUUUGUAUCUUGCUUAUGUGGGGAUAGCAAUGUGUGUACCCAAACACUUCAUGUUGCUCUGGAAAUGCUUGUAAAAUACUGUUGCUUAUAGUGGUUGCAUACAGAUUAAGGUGUGCAUUCAGUUAUCCCAGUGCUGCCUUUUCAUUAAAAUAAUGUAAAAACAAAUACAUUAAAAAAAAAGAAAACCAAAAACCAGAACAAAAAUAACCACAGAGCUGUUGCAAAUUUUCUAAGGACUGUCUGCUUUAGCUCUACAUUUUUCUUCUUUUUCAAAUGCAUGUUUUCAGUUCAGUCAGAUCACAGGUCUGCAAUAUCUAGUUAAAAAGAACCAAAAAUUUCCCUCUCCUUCCAGUAUCAUUGUAAUUUUCUUCUAUUCUGAAUUACAAUCUGUGGAGCAUAUACUGCUCUUAUACAUCUCCUCUAAACACCACAAACAUUAAGUAGCUGAAAUCAUUGUAUCAACUGGAUACAGUUUAAUAAUGCCUGAAAUCUCCUUGUUUGUAGACACAGUUACAUUUAUGCCAAAUUGCAGUAAAUCCUGCAGAGAUGGAAUUGCAUGUUUAUGUUGUAUAUUUAGUAUGGAUUUUUUUUUCAGAAUACAAUGUUUCUUAGUUACCAAAAGCAGUUGGAAAUUGUUUGCAAGACUAUGGAUAUAGAAUUGCUGCUUUUAUAUUUUAACUGCAAAUUGUGAAUUUCACUGCCUUAUAUUAUUUAUUUCUGAAAUGAAAGAGGCAUUUUUCAAUAAAACUACUGAAAAUGUA